UUGUUUUACUGGUAGAGACUGAUUUUUCAUAAGUCUAAAAAGGAAUAUACAAAGUUAUAGCAUAAUACUGAACAUAAUGGGAAUAUUCUGUAAAAUUUGUGUAGUAAAUCCUCCGAACAAUGUGUUCAUUCCGGGAAAUUUCGUCACUGGAACUAUCGACUACAGUUUUGAUAGCAAUACUGUUGUUAAAAGAAUACAAUUAUCAUUAAAAGGAAGUGGCUAUUUAGAGACUAGUGAACAUCGUGAUGGCAAGGAGUCAACAACAACAACGACAGAAAAGUACGUGGACAUACAAACUUCAGUUUUAAAUGAAUAUGGAAAAGAACAAUUCGUAAAUCAACAUUACAAAACUCCAUUCAAUUUUAGAUUGCCAGAAAACAUCCCAGGUUCUUUAAAAUAUCUCAAGGAAAUUGGAAUAAAAUUAAAGUGUGUAAUUGCUUACUAUAUUAAAAUAAAAUUUGAGAUUUCAGGCUUCCUUAAAUUUGAUAAGAAAUUCGAAAAGGAAAUAAAAGUUGUUCCUGUAUUAACACCAAAAUUAUCUAUGGAACCCGUUAUAUAUGGGGAAAGGAAACAAUUCUUCCAGCCCUUCAAAACAAACAAAGGCAUUUUACAUUUGAAAGCUUGUAUAAAAUGUUCUGUUCUUGAACCUGGUGCCACAGUCGAAAUUGCCUAUGAACUACAAAACAACACCAAUAAAACUAUUGAAGCCAUUGAAACAAAAUUAGUCAGUAUUUACAAAUUUUAUUACAGCGAAAAAUCACAUAUAAAGAAACUUGUGAAUAUCCAGAAUACAGACUCCAAGACGACCGCGGUAAAAAUUGGCGAAACUUCAGAAUCUACUCUUGAAAUUGAAAUACCGUCUGAUUUGUACUGUAUUGACGAUUCCAAAUUAGUAUCUAGAGAGUAUGUGGUAACAAUGACUGUGUGUGUUCCUGUACCUCAUAAAAAUAUGCAGCUUGAUAUUCCGAUACAAGUUGGCAAGACUAUCAUAGAUACAAAAUCAGAAUCUGAGAAAAAUAUCACUGAGCAGGAGUCGCCACCUUCUUACUGGGAAGCAAUGAACGUCUGUGAUGAUAAAAGCACUUCAAGUGACGAUGUUUUCUUUCCGGAUGGGAAAAAAUAAAGUGGUGUUACAAAAACCACCUCAAACACAAUUUCAAUUUAGUAUUUUUAUAUUAAUAUAAUGAUUAUGCGCGGUUACUGUUUACAAAGAGGCACUUAUUAUUAUAAAAGAGUUAUGAUUAAAAAAAAUCAUAUGGUGAAUAA